GUAUUUCUUUGAUAAAUCUGUCAGAAAUAACAGCUUGUCGAUUCCUUCUGUGUGUUUCUCUAAAACUGAGAAAUGUUUGCACGCGAGGCAAGUGGUAAAGUAAGCGGAGCGAUCGCCCGCUUAGUCGUUCUGAUUGCCACAUUGAGCAUCGUCAAUAGCCUGCACAUCCAGCCCAAACAGUUCCAGCCCCAGCAGUUUCAGUUUCAGGAGCCUGGGCAGUCCCUGUGGCAGUCGUUCCCCCUAUCUGCACCUUUGGCCGCACCGCCACGUCUGGCGGCUGAUUACGUCAGCGGGGUACUGAGUCUAAAGGAAAGUCUUCUCAAGAAGCCGGUAGCCGGCGGCUACCGGAGUGGCAUGAAGAGCCUGCCACAGAUGGGGGAGAAAACGCAGCAGCAGAAGCAAGAGGAGAAUGUUGCUUCCUUCGCCGGGUUGAUGCCGUCGAGGCUUUCCUACGAAUCCCUCAAGAAACUAAUGGACAUGCCUGCCGUGGUAGAGGCGAUUGCCCAGCAGGUUCCGUUUGUCGAUCCGCAGGCCCAGGAGAACGAGCAGUUCACGUCACAAUACCCUUUCGAGUUACAGCAGGACGAGUUUCUGCAGCAGGUUCCGUUAAUGAAUCCGUCGGUCAAGGAGAACGAGCAGAUCACACAGGAGGAGUUUCGGCAGCAGAGGACGGCACAGACAAACUAUCAAACCCAGUUGCUGCAGCAGAUCCAACAGUUAUUCGGGAUGCGUCCAAAGUACCAGCCGGAGUUGAAUGGGGCUGCGUUGACCUGCACCGCGGUUCCUGAUAUUUCAGUGGACAGUGAAGAAUGUCAGACGGACUUACCUGAAGAAGAGGAAACGACAGAGGAGCCCACGGAUGGGGAGAAGGUCAUCGUGGAUGUAAAGCCUGCCAAGCCGGACAAGAACAAGGAAAAAGCAAAGACCUCCACACCCAAGCCCAAAACAAAGACCACCAAGAAGCUAGCCUGCUGCACCAAGCCAUCCAAGGAAAAGAGCGGCAAGAUGCCCAUCAGAUUCUCCCUGAACUUCCCGAACGAGCAGUCUCAAGAGGACGAGGAACAGAGUCAGGAGACCAUGGAGCAUCAGCAACAGCCCCGCACCGGCCGGAAUGUCUACAAUCCUGAUCUUUAUUACGAUGCGUUUGCCAACCGUCUCCGAGAUCGCCAGGAAAGCAAUGCUGAAGCCUUUGGACAAAAUGAGAUUGAGACCGAAGAUAUGCAGUUGCAGAGGAUGAAGCGAAAGCCGUUGAUGGAUCCUAGCCGCAAUCAGCGUCUAGUCCUGGACAGGCAACGCCUGCUGCAGGCCGAAGUCAAGCUCUGGCCCAUCAACAUGAAUAUGAUCGAUCGUAUCCAUUGAGAUAUGAAUCUUUUGUUUCUCCUUUAAAUCUAUUUUGUUACUUGAUUUCGUAUUAUAAAAAUUACAUAAGAAGUUUCUUCUAAUUAAGUCAGUAAAGAAAA